AUGGAGUCACACUACAACACAUUUGCCGCCUCAACAGGACUUCUGGGCAACCUGAUCCAGGGCUGUCUUGCUGUAUCUAACUUCUUAGACAGGGUCGAGCACGCGGAUGAGCUAGCCAAUCAAUUUACCGCCCGUCUACAAUUUCAUCUGUCACGAUUGCACUGGUGGUCAUGCCGGUGGAAGAUCAUACACGAUGAAAGCCCGUCAAAUGGAAUCCCAGAUGCUCGUUUCCAGAUGUAUGGGAACGCAAUCGCUAACUAUUUGGAACUCAUUCUUCAUAACGUGCGGCAUUUGACCUCUCAACAAGAUAGCAUUCCGAUAUUCAAAAACACGCGUUCGGCCCAGGCAUCUAGCGCGUCUGAAAGAUUCUCUAAGCUAUUGAGCACCCCGUGGAAGGAGUAUUCUGGAUCAUCUACAGAGCCAACUCACGAGAAUAUCUCCAAUUUCACGGACCGUCUUAAGUGGGCCUUACAAAAUGGGUCUGCUAUGCAGCGCCUGGAGCUUCUGGAAUACCUCGUACGAGACUUGGAAGGCUUCUUCCCUCCACCCGGCCCUAGCUCCGACAUUUCUGGAGCAGUGCUAGUCAACCCUGCCUUGAUGACGGAACAGGGUGAUUGGAAGCUAAGAUGGCUGAGUGCUCAGACAGAUAUGGACCCUUUCGCCGCGUCGCUUGCCUGGCUCAAGGCUACGACGAUAAGUCAUAUAAACGACCUGAAAUUAUCUCCCGACUACAACCCACAGAGGCUUCAUGACAUGCUAAUACGGGACCGUCGCUCCACUUCUGAUCGGCAUUACACUGGGCACUAUAAUGGAAGUCCCGUAUUAAUCGAGAAAAAGACGGUUCCCAGAAGGGCAAAUAACGACCUUAUUCGACCGCGGAUUGAGAAGGUCGUCCACUUAUUGCAAGCCUCGCAGAGAAUCCAAGAGUUAAGAACACUGCCUUGCAUCGGCUACAUUUAUACGCAACCUGGGGAAUGUCCUCUGAGUAUUAACGACGAGAAUUGCACAUAUGAAUUUCUAUACACUAUCCAUGCGGGACCUGCUAUUUCGUUGAGGGAAAUAUUGAGCUCAGAAUCAAAGAAAGCCGACAAAUACAAAGAGGUGCGGCCAUUAAACAAACGCUUUGAAAUUGCCAGGACACUUUCUAGAGCACUCUUAUACCUACACGCUGCCGAAUGGCUUCAUAAGGGUAUCCGGAGUAGCAGUAUCAUGUUUGUACCCUCAGGCCAACCUAUCUCUAAAUCAAAGGAGACCAACGCCAGUCAACUUGGGCGCCCAUACCUCGUCGGCUUCGAAUACAGUCGCCUCGCCUCAAAUGAUGAAGGGACUGAAAAUCACGCUACUACGGUCGAGGAUAAUCUCUACCGACACCCGGACGCCCAAGGUUUAGACACCACAGACGAAGAAUCUUACAUCGGAAAGACAGGUCGCUUCACUAAGGAUCAUGACAUAUACAGUCUUGGUGUCACUUUGGUUGAAAUGGGCGUUUACAAGUCGGCUAAACGGAUUGCUGACGACUUUCAAAGAGAAAGAAGCAGCCAUGCCCUUAACGCCAAAACCUUUCACAAACAUAUGACCGACACGUUAAUACCGCAGAAUGUUACUUUUAAUAUGGGUGAGGUGUAUGCCAGAGUUGCGUUUCGCUGUCUCCAGGCGAACUUUUACAGCUUGCCGGGAAGGAACAAUCAGGACGGUUCUAUAGCAUUUUACAAAGAGGUUGUCUCACAGCUUGAGCUAUGCAGAGCAUAG